AGAUGUGGAGCUUUUCACUAAUGGAAGUUCAACCAUGAGCAUCCUUUCCACUUUCAUCAUGGAUCAGCACCAAUUCCUUUCCUUCCCAGUAUUGUUCACCUCCUUCAUCUUCAUCUUUAUGGUGCUGAAAAUAUGCAGAAGAUCAAAAACCAAUCAAGAUCUACCUCCAGGACCAAGCAAGCUACCUGUUAUUGGAAACAUGCAUCAGCUUGUUGGCUCUCCACCUCAUCAUCGCCUGAGAGACUUGGCCAAGAAAUAUGGAAGCGUUAUGCAACUUCAGCUCGGUGAAGUUUUCAAUAUAGUCAUUUCAUCACCAGAAGCUGCAAAAGAAGUGAUGAAGACUCAUGAUAUUGUGUUUGCUCAGAGGCCUUUUAUCUUAGCUGCUAGCAUUAUAUCUUAUAACUACUCAGACAUUGCAUUUGCACCAUAUUCAGAUUACUGGAGACAGCUGCGAAAAAUUUGUAUACUGGAAUUGCUAAGUGCAAAGCGUGUGCAAUCAUACAGAUCAAUUAGGGAAGAGGAGGUAUCAAAUUUGAUCAGUACAAUAUAUUCCUCUCCAGGGCAGCCGUUCAACUUUAGCAGGAAGCUUUUUUCUUUAACUUAUGGCAUUGCUGCUCUGGCUACCUUCGGUAAGAAAUGCAAAGACCAAGAGGAAUUCAUACCACUUGUUGAGGAAAUUACAGAGGUAGUAGGAGGAUUCAGUCUAGCCGAUCUGUUCCCUUCCAUUAAAUUACUCCGUGUAAUUAGUGGGAUGAUGUCUAGACUCGUGAGGCUGCAGCAAGAAGCGGACAGGAUCAUUGAAAACAUCAUUAAUGACCACAAAGCAAGGAACAAAACAUCAAAGACAGGAAGCGAAGGUGAAGAAGAUGACCUUGUUGAUGUUCUUUUGAGGCUUCAGGAGCAUGGAAACCUUGAAUUUCCAUUAACAACGGACAAUAUCAAAGCAGUUAUCCUAGAAAUUUUCAUCGCUGGCAGUGAGACAUCAUCAACAACAGUAGAGUGGGCAAUGUCCGAAAUGCUGAGGAAUCCUAGAGUGAUGAAGAAGGCACAAGAAGAGGUGAGGAGGGUAUUUGGUAAAAAAGGAAACGUGGAUGAAACAGAGAUCCAUGAACUGAAAUAUUUGAAGUUAGUAAUUAAAGAAACUUUGAGAUUACACCCUCCUGCUCCUUUGCUACUACCAAGAGAAGGCAGAGAGAGAUGUGAGAUUAAUGGGUACGAGAUACCUGCCAAAUCCAAAGUUAUUGUUAAUGCCUGGGCAAUUAACAGGGAUCCAAAUCACUGGACUGAAGCUGAGACAUUCUAUCCAGAAAGAUUUCUUGAUAUUUCGAUUGAUUACAAGGGGAACAAUUUUGAGUUCAUCCCAUUUGGUGCUGGAAGGAGGAUGUGUCCUGGAAUAUUUUUUGGCAUAGCUAAUGUUGAGCUUCCACUUGCACAAUUUCUGUAUCAUUUUGAUUGGAAACUUCCUGGUGGAUUGAAGGCAGAAACUCUGGAUAUGAUUGAGUCUUUUGGGGCUACAGUUAGAAGGAAAAACGAUCUGCACUUGAUUCCCAUUCCAUAUAAACCACCUCAGCGGCCUGUUGAAUCAGGCCACCACAAGAUGGCAUUCACACUCUUCUCCUUGCCCGUACUUAUCCCACUCCUCUUCUUUAUCUUCAUGGUAUUGAGGAUAGGGAUGAAACCAAGCGCUAAAGCCCCGAUUACCAAAAGUUUGCCCCCAGGGCCAAGGAAGCUACCCAUCAUAGGAAAUAUGCAUAAUUUACUUGGCUCUCUACCCCAUCAUAGACUUCAAGAUUUGGCCAAGAAAUAUGGACCUCUUAUGCACCUUCAACUUGGGGAAGUUACCACCAUAGUCAUUUCUUCCCCAGAAAUUGCAAAAGAUGUUAUGAAAACCAAUGAUAUUAUCUUCGCCCAAAGACCCUUUAGUCUUUCCGCACAUAUCAUCUCUUAUGAGUCUGCAGACAUUGCAUUUGCACCAUAUGGAGAGUACUGGAGACGGAUGAGGAAAAUUUGCAUGCUGGAGUUGCUAAGUGCUAAGCGUGUGCAAUCAUUCAGAUCAAUCAGGGAAGAAGAGGUAUCAAAUCUAAUUAGUAUUUCUUUUAAUGGAGGAUCCCUGGUGAACCUUAGCAAGAAGUUGUUUGCUUUCACGUACAGUGUGAUUUCAAGGGCAGCCUUUGGUAGGGUAAGGGAAGAGCAAGAAGCAUUUGUAGCUCUUGUUAAAGAAAUAAUGGAAGUGGGAGCAGGUUUUAGUAUUUCCGAUUUGUUCCCUUCCAUUAAAGUGCUUCAAAUGGUUAGUGGGAUGGGAGCUAAAAUGGAAAGGUUGCAUCAGGAAGCAGACAGGAUACUCGAAAAUAUAAUCAGUGAUCAUAGAUCCAGAAAAGCAGCGGUUAGGAUUGCCGAUGAGGGUGUUGAUCUUGUAGAUGUUUUUUUGAACCUUCAGGAUCAAGAAAACCUUGAGUUCUCUUUAUCAAUUGACAACAUCAAGUCAGUCAUCCUGGACAUAUUCAUUGCUGGGAGUGAGACUUCAUCUACAACUGCAGAAUGGGCGAUGUCAGAGAUGCUAAGAAACCCAACAGUGAUGGAAAAGGCACAAGCAGAGGUGAGGCAAGUUUUCAGUGGAAAAGGCCAUGUAGACGAAGAAGGUCUUGGAGAAUUAAAUUACUUAAAAUUGGUUAUCAAAGAGACUCUUCGAUUACACCCUCCUCUUCCUUUGCUACUUCCAAGAGAAUCUCGAGAGCAAUGCGAGAUCAAUGGAAAUCGGAUACCCAUCAAAACCAAAGUGAUUGUUAAUGCAUGGGCUAUAGGAAGGGAUCCAAAUUAUUGGAUUGAGGCUGAAAGAUUCAAUCCUGAAAGAUUUUCUGAUAGUACAAUAGAUUACAAGGGAGCUAAUUUUGAGUACAUCCCAUUUGGUGCCGGAAGGAGGAUUUGUCCUGGCAUAUCAUUUGGUAUGGUUAAUGUCGAGCUUCCACUCGCAAAUUUGCUUUACUAUUUUGAUUGGAAACUCCCUAUUGGAAUGAAGCUAGAAGAACUAGACAUGACAGAGUCUUUUGGAUCAGUUGUCAGAAGAAAAAACGACUUGUGCUUGAUUCCUACUCUGUGCCAUCCUCUGCCAGUGGCAUAACAAUGGUGGAAACUGCAAAAGACUAAAUUCGUGUAUUUAGAUAUAUAAAUAUUUAAGUAUAAAUAAAUGAGUAUUGAUAAAUAUGUGAUGCUUAGAUAAGUGUAUUGUGCUUGGCACUAUGUGUGGGGUAUUUAAUUAACGAGUGUUAGCAUAGUGAGUACUGUAUACGUCUAUCUAUGACAUAUGUUAUGUAGAGUGUUUAUCUUAUAUGCUAUUCCUUUCCUUUCC